CAUCUACCCUCGCGUGUUCCCAACUACUAUCCUUACAACCCCCGAGUUCAACGAACAGAGCUCCCCCAGAGUCAUGAUCAAAGAUUCUCCGCAGUACUCUCCUGUCGAUACUUUUGACAAUGAUAAUGAGGAGAAAUCAUCUGGUGAUACAGAAAGGUUCCGUGCAGAACCUCGUCACAAGUCGCAUAUCCUUCGCAUGCGGCCUAUGUUGAGCCUAUGGCGUGUUAAUAUGCACAUCAAUGCUUUUUUUCGCGCUGUGGAUGGGUACGCCUUCGCCCCGCCUGCGUGACGAUAUUCCUGUAUACUCUCCAGCAAUUGCUGCUGUUGAGCCCGAUGAUUAUAAGGUUUAACGGAACUCUCGACUUUCCUUCUAUCUAUCGUGGCCCUCCUUCCCCAGAAAUUGAUGCAGCUUGGAACAGGAUAGCUGGCGAUGUGCUACCGACUCGAAUGUCGCUUGAGGAAAUUCUCAAAGCCGGCGACGUAGACUCACCUUCCAAGGUCAAGUAUCCAGCUAAAAUUGAUGGGGAUUUCAUGGUAUCUAUGGAAGCCCCUCACCAACUCCAUUGUCUGAAUUUACUUCGCAAAGCCACGUGGCUCGAGUAUUACUGAACCCACGGAUAUUUCGUUCCAGGACGAGCCCGAAGUGAUCCGCAUGCAUCUUGAUCAUUGCAUUGAAAUGAUCAGACAGAAUAUCAUGUGCAAUGCCGACGUGACGAUGAUAACAUGGGACUGGGUUGAAGGACACGAUAUCCCAUACCCUAACUUCAACAACCGCCACCAAUGCAGGAACUACGAGAAAAUCUUGGAUUGGGCUGAUAAGCAC